GUGUCCCUUUAACACCUCACUUCAGUGUCUCAAGACCUGAGACAGCAGGGGAGCCGCUGACGUGUCGGCUGCACAGAGACACGCUGACAUGCCGACGGUCAAGAGCAAGAAGAAGAAGCCGAAGAAGGAGGUCAGCGUGGGCGAGGAGCAGGGAGAAGUGGCUCUAGAUAUGGAGAUGGAGGAAGUGACCAAUAAGAGCCAAUCAGACAGCAGGGAACCCUUGACUCCAGAGCUGCAGGAUCCAGCACCACAGAGGAAGAAGAAGAAGAAGAGAGCAGCUACUAUUGAUCAGGAAGUAGAUCACGCCGACACGCCAAACGGUGACACGGCCGAGCCAGCCAUCGACGAAGACGAGACGCCCGUCGCUGUGACCAGAAAGACCAAAAGAAAGAAGAAGGCGAAGACGACGGAGCACUACAGCAACGACCUCGGAGUCGAAGACGACGAUAUCGUCACAGACGCCCAGUCGCCGAUCCCCCAGCAUUCCCUGUUCUCGGCCCCACACGGACAGAGCCAGCCGGUCGGAAGAGUGUUUGUAGAGAGGAACAGACGUUUCCAGGCAGAACGAGUCGAUCAUCUCCGACACUCUGAGAUGAUGGACGACUACCUAGAUCCCAGACCCCUCUGGACCACCAGAGACGUCGCCAUGAAGGUCCAUAGCAGCUUCAGGGUGAUUGGUCUGUUCUCUCACGGGUUCCUGGCGGGGUACGCCGUGUGGAACAUCAUAGUUGUGUAUGUGUUGGCGGGCGAGCAGAUGACCACGCUACCCAAUCUGCUGAACCAAUACCACCCACUGGCUUAUCCCGCCCAGUCCCUGCUCUACCUGCUGCUCGCCAUCAGCACCGUGUCCGCCUUCGACAGAGUGAACCUGGCCAAAGCCUCCAUGGCUCUGAGAGGAUUCCUCACCCUCGACCCCGCUGCUCUGGCUUCUUUCUUAUAUUUCAUAGCCCUGAUCCUCUCCCUCAGCCAGCAAAUGACCAGCGACCGCAUCAACCUCUAUCCUACAGCCAACGAGACUCUGUGGCCCCCAGGUUCAGAGCAGCAGAUCCUGCGGCCCUGGAUUGUGGUGAACCUGGUGGUGGCGCUGUUGGUGGGCAUGGCCUGGGCUGUCGUCUCCACACGGCCAGAAAUCGACUACACAGAAGAGUUUUUGAUGACAAUGGAAGUGGAGUCAUACCCCAGAGAGGAGAACGUGGAUAACCCUGCCUGAAACUCUGAAAACCUUUUAACAGUCUGUCUGUCUGUCUGUCUGUCUGUCUAAUGUUUGUUUUUAUACUAUAUUUUAUUUAGCACUUUGUUUUCCUGUGUGAUUUUUUUAAAGAAAUAAAGUGUGUGUACAGUAGCAGUUGUCGUUUGUUGUUGUGUUACAGACAUUGACCACAAGAUGGGGCUGUUCCUAAGACAAACAAGCAACUUCACGUGUCAGAAAAUG